AUGGGUAUUACUCGGGACUCGCGUCACAAGCGGUCGGCGACCGGUGCUCGCCACGCCUUCUACCGCAAGAAGAGGCAGUUUGAGCUCGGUCGUCAGCCGGCUAACACUCGUCUUGGCCCGAAGCGCAUCCACGAUGUGCGCGUUCGUGGCGGUAACAUCAAGCAGCGUGCCCUGCGUCUUGACAGCGGCAACUUUGCUUGGGGCUCGGAGCACAUCACUGCCAAGUCGCGUAUUCUUGGUGUCGUUUACAACGCCUCGAACAACGAGCUUGUCCGUACCAACACUCUUGUGAAGGGCGCCGUUAUCCAGAUUGACGCUACUCCUUUCCGCAUGGCUUACGAGAAGCACUACGGUCAGCCCGUGACCAAGCGCCGCAUGCCGGGCAACCAGACCACUGAGGAGGUCAAGAAGAGCAACCACGUUGAGCGCAAGCUGGCUGAGCGCCGCAAGGACGCCAAGGUCGACCCGCUCGUCGAGCAGCAGUUCUCUGCUGGUCGUCUCUACGCCGUUAUUUCGAGCCGCCCCGGUCAGUCGGGCCGCGCCGAUGGCUACAUCCUCGAGGGCUCGGAGCUUGAGUUCUACGUUCGUCGGCUCCGCUCGGCCAAGUCGAAGCACGCCUAA